CUUCAACGGAGAAAAGGUUAUAGCGAUUAAUUACCGAAUUUUUGCCGAAAUAAACCGACAAUUAUGGGAGACUCACCGGACACGCAAAGCACGCUUAUUGCGUGAAUCUCUGUAUUAUUACGAUACAUACUGUGCUGUAUUAUUGUUUAUUGUUGGCAAUAAUUGAUCGGUUGACAAAAGCGUUUGUCCCUCAAGAGUCGCAACGCGAUUGUACCCGUUUCGAUAGGUCAGCUUGAACGAAAAAACUCAACAUGUCAAGUCAAUGGAAAGAAUGCUGCUCCGGUAUUUCCCAGCGAUGGAUCUGCGUUAUAAUGACCUUCUUCUCGCUCUUCUGCGCGUACACGAUUCGGGUCUGCCUAUCGAUCGCCAUCACUGAGAUGGCAAAGCCGAACAACGAGACCUUGCUCAUCUCGGAUGAUACCUGCCGACCGGAGCGGGCCCCAGGCUCGGCUUCGUCGGCCAACUCCACGGCGUUCGAGACUGCUCGCGUUGGCGGCACAUACGAAUGGAGCGAGUAUACCCAGGGUGUCAUCCUGUCCUCCUUCUACUGGGGCUACGUGAUAACGCACAUCCCCGGUGGCAUGAUAGCCGAGAAGUUCGGCGGCAAAUACACCCUCGGUCUCGGCAUCCUCUGGAACGCCAUCUUCACGAUACUGACGCCCCUGGGCGUGAAGCUCGGCGGCGCCACGGCCCUCAUCGUCCUCCGGGUUCUCGUGGGCCUCGCCCAGGGCGCGGCCUACCCGGCGCUGAACGUCAUGCUGGCCCAGUGGGUGCCGAUCGAAGAGCGCUCCAAGGCCGGAUCACUGGUGUUCGCCGGUGCGCCAUUGGGCACUGUGUUCGCCACGACGAUAUCCGGACUCAUUCUGCACUAUAGCGACGACGGCUGGCCGACGGUGUUUUAUUUCUUCGGGGGCGUCAGCGUGCUCUGGUUCAUCGUCUGGGUCCUCGUAUGCUACAACAGCCCAAGCGAGCACCCCUUCGUCACGGACGCCGAAGCGAAAUUCUUGCAGGAGCAGCUGAGCCGCCACAAGCACGCCAAGCCACCGGCGGUACCCUGGGGCCAUGUGCUGCGCUCUCUCCCGGUUUGGGCGCUGGUUGCGGCGAUGGUUGGACACGGCUGGGGCUUCCUCACCAUGAUAAGCGACCUGCCCAAAUACAUGAGCAGCGUCUUAAAGUUCUCCAUCGAGAACAACGGCUACUUAUCGUCCCUGCCCUACCUCUGCAUGUGGUUCGGCAGCAUCCUCACCUCCUGGGUGGCCGACUGGCUUAUAGCCCGACGUCACAUGUCGACCUCCAAUGUCCGCAAGCUGGGUAAUUCGAUAGCGUCCGUGGGGCCGGCCCUCUUCAUCGUUGGCGCCUCCUACGCCGGCUGCGACCGGGUCUACGUCGUAACGAUGAUAGCCCUGGGCAUGACUCUCAUGGGCGCGGCUCUCCCGAGCAUGAAGGUCAAUGGUCUCGACCUCAGCCCGAAUUACGCCGGCUCGCUCAUGGCAUUGACCAAUGGCAUCGGGGCGUUCACGGGCAUUGUUACGCCUUAUAUCGUCGGCGUCUUGACGCCUAAUCAGACUCUGUCGGAGUGGCGGCUCGUCUUCUGGAUAAUUUGCGCGGUGUUUUUGGCGAGUAAUUUGGUGUUCGUGCUGUGGGCCGACGGGGACGUGCAAUAUUGGAACGAUCCGGAUUUCCUGCGACAGGAGAAAAGUGAUAAGCGGGCAAGGAAGGUGAAGGAGAGCAUUGAGCUACUCACCAUACAAAAUAACUCGAGUACAAAAUAAACGAGAGAAUGCGUGAACGACU